AUGCACCAACCGCAAACACCCGCAAUACAGCGCACACGGAACACGGCAAAUACAAUAGAACAAAACCUCCGGGCUUAUCUCCACCCAAACAAGGGCCCCUACAUCUUGCCGCAAGUAAAGGGAACACUUUCAGCCGCCAGACCCCCGACAGCCGCCAGGACCUCCCGACAGCCGCCAGGACCUCCCGACAGCCGCCAGGACCUCCCGACCGCCCCUCCCGACAGCCGCCAGGACCUCCCGACAUCGCCAGGACCUCCGACAGCCGCCAGGACCUCCCGACAGCCCCCAGGAACCUCCAUCUCCCGACGAGAACCCGAAGGACGAGGAACCGACGGCGCCUCACCCGGCCGUAAGGACUACGAGCCUCAAUGCACUUCGCCGACAAUGUACUCCCCCAAAGAUAAGACGCAGCCCCAGUCGAGAUACAACGUUUUCAAAGCACGAUUCCCCACAUGCUUGGAUCCUAUCACGGAGAGGAUCAAAUUCUCUUCACCUGCUGCAGCUACUCCACCCCUCUACCUACGGAGAUCCAGACACAUUAAAGACUACAGGAAGUGUGAUGUGUGA